AUGAGCGACGUUGUGAGCCGAGAGUUGGUACUUGGGGCUGAUGUCUCCUCCGAUAAUUCAUCCGACCAAGACUGGGAAGAUAACUUUAGAAACAUGAUGCAAACAUUUACACUCGACCGAACGGACUGGAUAGAGCAAAGAGAAGGGAGGAAAAGAAAUUCAAUCGCAUCACUGUCAAACUCUGCAAAAGCUCCCAUACGCAGCCCAGAAUCUGGUAUCAAAGACGACGAAAAGAACGUUGAGUGUGUAGCGGGUUUCUUUGAGAACGAGGAGAGAGGUCCAAAAAGAGCAAGGAGGAUAUCUCUACUCCGUCUAAACAAAGAUACUGUACGCCUGAUACAGAAUAGCCCAAGUAUCGACAGCUCAACGCAUUCAAUUAAGAGCAACUAUUUCGACUGCGUAUCCUCAAACGGAGACAAGGGGAAAUCUUGUUUACAUAUCACCUCAAAUGAUAGAGAAGACUCUUGUACUCUGUUGCCACUGAGUCCGACAUCUCAAAACUAUCAUAGACGAACUGUUUCCGAGAAUAUGAUAGCCGACUCAACCAUCAACGCCCACAUGGCAACCAUGCAUGUACUCGAGCCACGAAAUCUCGAUCUCUCGCCAGUGGCUUCCCGUGGAUUCACAUACCUACAAUCAGCUACUACUUCCGAAUUUCCAAGGUCGUCGUCCUGCCCAAGUAGUUGUCGCACCACGUUGUUAUCUCUGCUGUCGACCAACGGCGAUCGCCUGGUUUAUGUACCAUCUCGUUUUUCUGAGACACAGCAUCCCUUCACGGCUAAGAAGAAGCAUAGAAAAUUCAAGCCGCAUACUCGACGGAGCUGUUCUUACCCUAGUGUCGACAAUCGGGGGGUAGAGGAAUACGCAAAGCUAAAUAAUAUUCAUCUUAACAGAGAGGCCCAUAAGACGUUUGGUGAUUGCAAAAGCAAAUGUAUCCUUGGCCUUGUUGCCAGCGAGGAGGAACUUUUGCAAAGAAGCGGGCUUGAAAGGAAUAUAAGAUCACAGGGGCUGACGGGGAGCAAUAUUGAGUUCGGGAGCGCUAGUGCUGAAAGUGUGAUCUGGUUAAGCUUGCGAAAGUACGGCCGGAUGAAGAACGAUGGUGAUGGAAGGAGGAGAAAAAUGGUUCGCUUCGUCGUGCCGAACGUGUCUUCACCACAUAACUCCAGCUACCCCGAGAAGCCACGAAUGCUGAUGGGGGAAGCAACAUCAUUCGACGACAAGCGUUUUGCAGAAGACCUCCAAGCUGGCCACCGUAAGCUAGCUGGAUCUUGGUUCCUCAAAAUAUUCCGCGCUCACAGGCUGUGUGCCGUACGCCUCAAUCAAACCAGUGUAUGGAGCGGUACUCAGACUCCGACGACUACAGAAGAGUUGCUAGCAGUAGGAGAUGGGAUCUGCACCUCUGAAGAAAUCAGACAUCCGCUGGCAGAAGAAGGCUUGAUGAAACUACUGAAAAAGCCACAGAUGGGGCAAGAAAGAUAUAUGUGGGUUCACUGGGUGAGGCGGGUCGCAGCAUCAAACUCCCGUGUGCAGACUGAUCCAUAUGUGAGGGAUUCAAGCCGACUUCCACCGCCGACGAUUACAAUACUCGAAUUCCUGCACACGCCAUGCAAAUUUCGAAUUCUGAUGGCACUCGCACUGUGUCUGCUUGGCUGUAUUACAGCAGCGUUAGUGUGGAUUUUUAUGAGUUUUAACAAGAUGGGGAUGAAGGGAGAUGCAGGGGAGCAGUCAAGUAAGCAUAUGGGGAAUGGGGUGGGCAUUGGUAUGCUGGUGCUACUGUUAGAAGGGGUGUGGUUUUGGACCUGGAUCGCAUUUAGUUAA